AUGGACAGUAAAAAAAUAAACGAUGCAACUUUAUCACAUAGUAGGAUAACGACUGGGAAUCUUUUGUUGAAUGUUAAUGAAGCUCUUCAAGAAGCUCAGGAAAUGAUGAUCGAUGGGAAACCACGUGAACGUCAUUUGGAACACUUGCUAGAAGAAUCGACAACUGUCGAAGUAGUGAAAACCGGAAGACACGGAGAUCCUAUUGAAAUUGUUGUCACUCGGAGUACUGUUACUUCUCAACCCAAUACAGAUGACGAAGGUGACGAGAGUGAUUCAGAAUCACUUUUGCCGUCACGAACUAUGUCCAGUUCUCUUUCUCACAGUUACACUUAUAGUGGAGAAGGAAGUUCCGAUGAAGUUCUGUCUCGUUGUACAAAUGUUCAUUAUCGUCGAAAACGUGGUGAUAAUUGGCGCUUAGAUGAUGGUUUGAAAGGCGAAGAUGAUGGACAUUUUGAGGUUGAGGUAAAAACAGAGUAUGGUCAGGAUGACGAUGGAGAACCUUUCGUGAAAAAGUCUUGGGAGGCGACAUGGCGUGUACAAAAAUUCGAAUAUUUACCAGAAUGGCUUCAAGAUAACGAAUAUUUGAGGCACGGACAUCGGCCACCUUUGCCAAGCUUUGCACAAUGUUUCCGUAGCAUAUUAUCCAUUCAUACUGAAACUGGAAAUAUUUGGACUCAUUUAAUUGGCUGUCUAGCAUUUGCACUGUUGGCUGCUUGGUUUAUGACACGGCCAGAUACCGACAUUCGUUUCCAGGAGAAAGUUGUGUUCUCCUUUUUUUUUGCUGGAGCAAUUAUUUGUCUUGGUAUGUCAUUCACCUUCCAUACAGUUAGCUGUCAUUCAGUUGCUGUGGUCCGGAUUUUCUGCAAAUUAGAUUAUUUGGGUAUAUCAUUGUUGAUUAUUGGCUCAUUCGUUCCUUGGCUAUAUUAUGGUUUUUAUUGUCGGCGUGAGCCAAAAAUAACUUAUAUCGCGAUGGUCUGUGUUUUGGGUUUGGGUGCCGUGAUUGUUUCAUUGUGGGACAAAUUUAGCGAGUCAAGAUAUCGACCUCUCAGAGCUGGCGUUUUUCUGGCAAUGGGAUGUAGUGGAGUAGUACCAACAAUUCAUUUCAUGAUCACAGAUGGUGUGCGUACAUUGUUCGAAGAUGCAGCGUUUCACUGGCUCUUAUUAAUGGCCUCAUUAUAUAUUUUUGGCACUUUGUUGUAUGCUACGCGUAUUCCGGAACGCUUCUUUCCUGGAAAAUGUGAUAUUCUGUUCCAGUCUCAUCAACUCUUUCACAUAUGUGUCGUUAUUGCUGCGUUUGUUCACUACUAUGGGAUUUCUGAAAUGGCAAUGCAUCGAAUAAGGGCUUCUUGCCCGAUGGACAACGAUGCUGUGCGAGCAUUUCACCAUAUUGUAGAAGGUGUGAAGAAAGCGGUGCAUGAUGCAUUGUAA